UCGUAGAAAAUUCACUUACAUCCGGGUGGAUGGGCGUUUUGUUGGCCGUUGUGGCAAUCGUGGCAAUCGUGUCAUAGCAGCGUGCCGUCCGAUUUAAAUUCACACGACACAACAAGUUUGAGCAUGCCCACGACGCCGAUGUGUAUAAGAUAGUUGUCGUCUUCGCGCGAAAGCGUUGAACGAUAACCCGCUCUAUUAUUUAAACUGAGUUGAACAGACUCGAUCAUUAUUAAUUCGAUCACUAUUAAUUCGUAUCUGUGAUGUUUGGCUAAAAUGUGCGUUAUAUCGGGGAAGGGGGAGGUACGUGAUGCAAGGGAGACAAUCAUGGAAGGUGGUGGCGCUGAAGGACUGGUACUGUCGCGAGUUCCGGGACCCCAUGAUGGUGGAGCCUCCACAGUGGUUCCUCUCCUUUAUCUACUGCGAAAUCAUCUUCCAGUUUCCGUUUUUCUUCGUGGCGGCCUAUGCCUACUUCAAAGGUGCUGCCAAAUGCAAAUGGCUGCGACUUCCCGCCGCCGUUUACGGUUCCCACGUCGCCACCACCGUCAUCGCUAUUGCGUAUCACGUGUUUACCCACGACUUCUCCACUUCAAAGCAUCCGGGUCCUCGAGAUCUAAAGGAGAGAAGCACGUUGUUCGCCAUCUACUCGCCCUACCUCCUUGUUCCACUGUUGUUGAUGCUUGACACCAUGUUCAGCGCCGCCUAUCGGCCGGCUCCGUCAGGGUACAACGCUUCCAACAAGAAGAGAAGAUGAAAGUUGAAAGAUUCACACGGUUUUUUUUAUGCCAGGGAUGAUUUUUACAACGGAACUGAUCACAUGACCUACAGUGCCAUGUUAUAUUUUGAUGAUCUGGAAAAACUAAAGAGUUAAAUGGUUUGUAAACCACCCAGCACCUAGCUCCCAGUUUCAAUGAAUUGAUAAUUCCCCAGAACAAUGAUAAUUGUUCAUAUUUUUCUGAAAAUUUUCAAUCACAUUCCACAGAAAUUGGAACCAACGACAAAGUCAAAUCAUAAGUAUGGCCGAACUUGCACUGUUGAGAUAGUUCUGUAAUGAUUGUUUGGAUGUGUACAUCGUUAUCAUUAUCAACAUCACAGCUGUUAUCAGUAAUUUAUCACUGUCAGCAUCAUCGACAUUUUCAUCAUCUUCAUCGUUACUGACAUCAGCAGCGUGGGCACAAGCAGAUCAGUUGGUUUGAAGUAGAUCAUCAACCAUUUGGUUUGGAGUAUCUCACAAUGCGUGAAUUGAUCUAUCUGACUGGCACUUUGGCUGAUGACGAAUAUAAAAGGUAUGAUACUUUAUGGAUAACAACUAUCUAUAUUAUAUGAUGAUUCUUCGCUCUUGCUUGACGACGGUAUAAGAAUCUAUACCGAAACGUCGCACCGUAAUAGAACAAAGACGUCAUAAAGUAUCAUUCCUUUCUUAAUGAGUUGACUACACGACGGCAGGUGUGUGUGGCAGGUAUACUGCCGAUGUAUGUAGUUGUCUGAUGUGUUGAGGUUGACGCUGUUCAGGUAGCAGCGGGUCAGGUUAAAGGUAUCAUUUUGCAGCAUCUCUUUGAUUGAUUAGCUGGAGGGUUUAACAGCAAGCGAUGCCACCUGCAUUGUUGCAAUCUUCGGUUUCGAGGGAUUUGCAGGCAUCAAAUUUGAAUCUACCUUGGAAAACGCUUGAUUUGCGAAAUGUAUAAGAGAAAAGAGAAAGCGUGAUUUGUGAAAAUAAUUCAUGAAAUAAAAUAAACAUCAAUAA